CUCACCGUGACGUCAGAAAAUAAUGGACGACACGCAGAGCCGUGAGGGUGAUGCUGAGAGUAUCAGAGACUGCUCCAUCUGCUUGGACCUAAUUCGAAAGAAGAAAACGCUGAAGUGUCAUCAUUCUUUCUGCGCUGAGUGCAUUGACUCCGUAUUUAGAAUCAAACCCGCAUGUCCGAUAUGUAACACCUUUCAUGGAGUUUACAUUGGGACCCAGCCGCACGGCACUAUGACGGUGACUCAGAGCUGGAAGAGGCUGCCGGGCUUCGACCACUGCCAGUCUUACGUCAUUAAGUACGAUUUCCCAGCAGGAAUUCAAGGGGCUGAGCAUCCGAAACCUGGGAUGAGGUACGGGAGCACCUCCCGCACUGCCUUCCUGCCCGCCUGCAAGGAGGGGGAGAAAGUCCUCAGGCUGCUCAGGAAAGCUUUUGACAGGAGACUCCUCUUCACCAUCGGGCGGUCUGUCACCACAGGCCUCAACAACGUCAUCACAUGGAAUGAUAUCCACCACAAGACUAGCACUGGAGGAGGCCCACAGUGGUAUUUGAUUUGGUUUGGUUGUUUUGGAUAUCCAGAUCCAGAAUAUUUGUCCAGGGUUCAGGAAGAGCUUCGUCUCAAAGGGGUGACAGAGGACGACUGAUGGAUGGAGAUGUUCCGACAGAUUUAAGCAUGUGUCACUAAGUUCAAUAUUACAAGUUAGUAUUACUCUCAACCGCUAUCUGAUGGCAUAAUCAUUCAAUUGCAGGCAAUCAUGUGACAAACCAAUCAAAACUAUUAUAAUCCAUUUCAGAAAAAAACAAAGGGACAUAACUUUUACUGCAGCUUCUCCUGUCGUGUAGCACUGUGAAAAUUGUGCUUUCAUCUGAUAUUUACAGUUUUAAAGCUGCAAUACAAUGUAAUUAAAAACAGGCUUUAAAUUCAUUUGCAAAGUUUAAAGAGGAAUAUACUCAAAUGUAAGUACCGGUAUAUAUUUAGCAAAAACAGUCUUGAGCCAAAGCCUCAACAUUAAAAAGCCUUAAACAAUUCAGCUUUAGUGCAGAUACAAUCAAAAAAUAUGAAAGUAAUAGAAAAUUGUCUUAGUUUAAUGUCAAUUGACUCUUUGCUUUAAAAAAAUAAAACCUUUAAUUAUUUCUCAGUUUCUUUUGACAACAAUCUGUCAAAUUCCCACAGUGCCUUUAUCAUUUUAUACCACCAGAGGGCGAUGUUGAUGUAAGAGAAUUGUGUUUAGAAAGUGCUGCUGUUCUGUUCUGCUCUGUUCUGUCUUUCCAGGUCUACAGUCAGUAAAUCAGGGUUUGUUUCUGUGACCUGCAGGUCAGUUUGGUUGUUCUAUAAAGAAUUAACACAAAUAGUUAAGAUUAAAUGUUCUAGAAUUUAGUUCAUUUCCAUGUUAAACGUUGAACAAAUGAUCCAACCAUCUCUGGGAAAAAUAAACAUUUUUUUUAAUUACAUUUUUUUGCCAGCCAGUUUUGCAGAGUUUUGCACUUUUUUCACUAGUUUCCUCAAGCAACCUACAAAGUAAAAAAAUUAAAGGUUUUUCAGUCUGCACUGAAAGGUUGCAGACUGAAUAAAAAAACAUUAUUUUGAUAGAAUAGAGGGACAAAUUACAAAUUUGAUGGGGCCGGUUUAGUUCCAUGAUGUUAGUUUUUGGUUGGCGUAAAUUGUUGGGUACUCUCAAAAUUCAGACAAGGACCCAUCUGCCCAACCCAGCUGUAGUACUGUCAACUCCCCUGAUAACCGCUGUCUGUUAUAAUUCAUGAGGAAAUAAUUGUCUGCUGUUAUUUGCACUGUUAUCCUGUGUGUUUGAAUAAAACAAAUUGCAUAUACUAUACGGUGCCUUGUUAUUGUAUGAUAAAUACAAUUAAAAAUUAAAUAAAAAGUGUUGCUUAUUAUUUUUGAAUCCUCAUCAUGAAAACCUUAGAAACUAAUGAGUAAACAAACAUCAUUUUACUAACACAUCAUACUGACAGAAUCUUUUAUGUGAAAUGUCUCCUAUAAAAUCUGCUUUUUCUUCAGUGGUUUUAACCUAACUUUGAAUGUGGAAUAAUCCAUGUGAGACUUCUGGGUUGCUUUCAAGAGAGGACAUCUUCUUGACACUGUAUCCGUAGGCAUAAUUACUCAUAUGCAAAUUGCAUUACUGAGUCCUCUCAAACUGACAUACACUGAGCGAAUUUUUGCUUUAUUUUGUUUUGUGUGUCUUGUUCAGAUUUCACUUUGAAGAACAAAAACCAUCUCUGAACUAACCGGAAGGGUUUUCUUUUAUCAACGUGUGGGGAAGACUGAGGGUUGAUGGAUAAUGAUCAUUUUUGUCCCUCUAUUUAUAAACAAAGCUGAAUCACUGCUAUUAAAGAUAAAUAUGUAUAAGGGAUUUGAAAAAUUUCAUAAAUGCACACAAAUGCUGGUUUGUAUCAACAUGGUCUCCUGUAAAAUGAUGAAACGACCCAGUCACUCGGUGUGUAUCCAAUAAAAUGCCUACAUCAUCUGCUGUUUACAGUAGUUUCCAUCAAAUAUGAUCAAUGUAAAUGGCAUCAGGGGUGCUUAAUUCUUGUCUCUGGGUUGGCCACGCCUGAUAUUUUAGAGCAGCACCCAAGAAACAGACUUGUGUACGCGUCAGAUCAAAGAUGUGCUUCCGCUACACAGAAACGGUAAGAAAAUCAUUAUGUGACAAUGCAGAGCUGUUGUUCUUACCCUCUCUUUCCACUGUGCUCCUUAAUUAGAGUGUCUCUGGCUGUGGGGAGAACCCUGCCACAUCCCCUGCAUGCCUACUCACUCUCAUCUUCUGGUGCUGCAGCGGCCCGACCACAGGUAUGCUUACUGUGGAAGAUCCAGCAGUCUAUUCACACAUGACUAAUCACACUUUUGUGAACCUUUGACAACACUUUUCUUUUAAUGUUAAGUUGGUAGAGUUAAACUCUGUAUGAUGUUCCAUGAACUUAAUCUUUUAAAUGAAAAAUAAUGUUUAAACAAUGAGCUACGAGGCUUUGUCUGCAGUUUGUUUGUUGCUAGAAAAGCACAGAAAGGAUGCUGGAGUGUCUGCAUUUGAUCUCUUUGUGUGACAGAAUGUCAUCCUACUCUGCUCACAUGCUCAUUCUCUGCGCCUGGGGCUGUUUGCCUACGAACAGCAAAGUGAAGGCGGGUGUGUGUGUGGGUGAUUGUGCCUCUGCAGCUUUUGCCUGUGUGUCCUUGUCUGCAUUCAAGUAUAUGCAAGGGUGUGCACAACUGAGUAGCGAGUGUGUGGCAGCCAAAACUGGGUCUCAACAUGAUGUUCUCUGAUUUGUUGCCGGGGUUAUGUGGCUUUUUUGUGUGUCCGGUUUAGAAUAAAAGAGCUUCUACUUUUUCUUGCACCGCUGAGAGAUUUUCUUUGUUACUUAGCUGACAGGACACAGCCUCAAAGCUGGCAUAUCCCCAGGUGUUUGACUGGCUUGUCAGCACUGCAGACUAAAGACUCCGCUCAGGAUGAUCUUCACAAGAAACAGCCGAGUUUCUUUAGGAUGUUAGAGUAUGAGCACCAAUGAUGUGGGAGAAAAAUCUCAAUUGUGUUUUUAAACCUCAAACCUCAGACAGUUAGCUGUUUUGUUGUGUUUUUGAUGGACUUUCAGACCUCAUAGUCAAAUCAAUGGGAAGCUGUAUGAACUCAAACGACAACAGGGAUAAACAAAAACCUGUCAAAACAAAGAAGACUACCUAUGAAGUUAUUAUGUGUGACUAGUAGUAAUUAACUCUGGGCUGUCAUGACAACCUGCUUCACCUCUGUCAUUUUCAAAGAUCUCUACCAAAGGCUCCUUUUUAAGAAAGAAAAGCAGCUGAAAGAUAGGCUUUCUGGUAACAAAAAUGGGUUUAAGUGGGGCCAAAAUGUUUCGUCUUUUGUUUAAUGUUCACAUAUUUAUUUAUUGUUCAGUGACAUAAUCAAAUAUGGUCAGGUCUAUAUAUCCAAAAUGUGUUGAUAAUGAAUUCUUUGUUAUACAGUUACACCAUGUCAAAAAUGUGUGGCUCAAAUCUGAGAUGGUGGGAAAAAGAGGUGGUGUAUUACUGAACACUCAUGUUAACAUUGUUGUGAACUUAAAAUGAACAAAUCACACAAAGUACCGGUAUCAUAAAUAUCUAUACCUUAUAAAAAAUGAUAUUGAAAUAUGUUUACAAUUUUUGUAGAUUACAUUACAGGGUUUAAAAAACAUCUUAAUAAUAAUCAUAAAAAAAUAAUUUUGUAUCAAUUGUUUGAUGUAGUGGGCUUUACAGGGUUAAAAAAAAAUAUUGUUUAACUUAAGAUUUUAAAGGCCAGGAUGGAAAUAAACAUUUACCAAAUCAUAAAGAGGGUCAUGAAAAUCUUAUAUGAGCAACCUCAUUUUGUUAUUUUCUUUUUCCACCAAAAAAUGUGAUUUUUAGGCUGAAAAAAACAAAAAUAAACUCCAAGUCUGAAUGGGCUUGCUUUAAGAAAGUAUUUUGGAAAACGGUGCUGAAGUGUAGGCAGCUGUAGCUCUGUCUUCCUUCAAGCUGGGUACACAAAGAUUUAUUCCAAAAAUAAAACAUGCAGCUCUUUCUCUCUCUCUCUCUUUUUUUUUUAGAGUUCGCUGGGUUUGUUGAUGUGGAGAUGUCACAUUUCCAUCAGGCACAGCAGAGGUUUCUACAAUUAUCACAUGGAGCAUGGAAGCAAACUGCUUACUCAGCAGAGUUGUUACUGAAUCACAGAAAAUCCAGGCUUAAUCAUUUCUGUGAUUAUAGCAAAUGCUACACAAGCAGCCUGAAAAAGACACAAUCUCAGUAAUCUUCAAUGAAACGGUUAAAGCUGAAUUACUUUAAAAGCAAAUUUUGCAAAAAAAUGUAACCAAUAGAACUGCUGAGUGCAAUACAUUGGACGGGCACACUAUUAGUCUGGGAAUACUUAAUUCAUAGUUCUUUUGAACAUUAGAGGGUUAGCAGUGGUGGAGCUACAACAUUCAGGGGGGCAGAAGACUUUGGAAAGGAGGCAAAUGUGAACAGCAGAGUGAAAGGCUAUUACAAAUAAAUGGAUAAAAAAUAUGAACAAGUAAAAAACAUUUAAUAUACAUUUUUUGAGGGGCUCAAGAUUUUGAUUUGGAAAUAUUGAUUUUGUUAUUUUUGCAAUGUUUGCAGAAGCUUGUAUUUAUGAUUUCUUAGUCCUAGUCAAUAAUGAUGCUAACAUUGACUCAAAAAAUGUGGGGGUAAAGUUUUUGUUGGAGGGGCAGCCCCCCAGCCCCCCCCCCCCUGCUCUCCUGUAGAUCUGCCCCUUGAAGUUAGUUAUUAUAAGUGGAAGAAGUCCUAAAGAAUUGAUGUCA